GUGUUCGGUUUCACUUGUACUAUCGUACUAACUCACUCACUUCACUCUACAGAGAAACCACCAUGGGAACGCUGUACCCGAACCCGAUUUUGCCAUCCGAAACCCGAAUCGGAUGGGUCGGAAUCGGCGUAAUGGGCUUUGCCAUGGCCUCUCGCCUUCUGUCGGCGGGCUACAGUCUCACCUUCUACGCCCGUAACCCCUCCCACCCCAACGCCCUCGCUCUCCAAUCCCGAGGCGCCACCCAGGCCCAAUCCCCGGCCCAACUUGCCCAACUCUCCGACGUUCUCUUCACCAUGGUGGGCCAUCCCUCCGACGUCCGCGCCAUCCUCCUUGACUCCAUCCUCCCGGCCCUCCGUCCCAACUCCGUCACCGUCGACACCACCAGCUCCCACCCGGAGCUCGCUCGCACAAUCUCCUCCAAGGCCCGCGAACUCGGCACCUGGGCUAUCGACGCUCCCGUCUCUGGAGGCGAUAUCGGCGCGCGCGACGGCACUCUGGCGAUCUUCGCGGCGGGGGAGGAAAAUGUGGUGGAGUGGCUCCACCCUAUCUUCUCGAUCCUGGGGAAGGAAACCUACGUGGGCCCCGCGGGGUGCGGGCAGAGCUGCAAGAUCGCGAACCAGAUAACGAUUGGCGCGAAUUUGGUUGGGCUGAGCGAGGGUUUGGUUUUCGCGAAGCACGCGGGGUUGGACUUGAAGCAAUUCGUGGAGGGUAUCAGAAACGGUGCUGCGGGUUCUAAAGCGUUGGAGAUAUUUGGGGAGAGAAUGAUUGAAGGGGAUUUCCGACCAGGUGGGUUUGCAGAGUACCAGGUUAAGGAUUUGGGAAUGGGAGUUGAUGUUGUUGAAGGAGCCAAAGACGAUGAUGUUGUUGUGUUGCCUGGGGCUUCCUUAUGGAAACAGCUGUUUACUAGUAUGGUGGCCAAUGGACAGGGAAAGCUUGGCACGCAAGGGAUUAUCUCUGUCAUUGAGAGGAUCAAUGGGAUGAAUCAAUGAAUCAAAGAAUGGAAAUUCCUGUUCUAUGUAACCAAAUAAUAUGUUCAUGUUGUAACUUUUACUUUGAACUUUGAAAUGCUUGAGGUGGAGCAAGUGUGUUGUGUUUAGUUUAA